AUGGCUGGUAAAGGCAAAGAUGCCAGUAGUUCCAACACCAAGGGAAAAAAGAAGGAAGUGAAGAAAGAGACUGGCCUAGGUCUCUCAGUCAAGAAAGAUGACAACUUUGGAGAGUGGUAUUCUGAGGUUGUCGUUAAUGGUGAGAUGAUUGAGUACUAUGACAUAUCUGGUUGUUAUAUUUUACGGCCAUGGGCGAUGUCCAUUUGGGAGAUCUUGCAAACCUUCUUUGAUGCUGAAAUUAAGAAAAUGAAAAUCAAAAACUGCUACUUCCCCCUUUUUGUGUCCCCUGGUGUUCUACAAAAGGAAAAGGAUCAUAUAGAGGGGUUUGCUCCAGAGGUUGCAUGGGUUACAAAGUCAGGAGAAUCUGAGCUGGAAGUGCCCAUUGCCAUUCGGCCAACUAGUGAAACUGUUAUGUAUCCUUAUUUUUCUAAGUGGAUUAGGGGACACCGUGAUUUACCUCUGAGACUUAACCAGUGGUGCAAUGUUGUAAGAUGGGAGUUUAGCAAUCCUACUCCAUUUAUCAGGAGUAGAGAGUUUCUUUGGCAAGAAGGGCAUACUGCUUUUAUGAAGAUUCCGAACUUUUUACUUUUGACUAAAUCUUGCUUCAUUAGCUCUUGUUGCCGGAUCAAGGAAUGCCUAUCAUGCUGCGGCGUUAAACUAUUAUUUUUGUGCUGGCUUCAAGAGAGUUUUUUGGUCCUUGAGAUUCUGGAAUUGUAUAGACGUAUUUAUGAAGAAUUCUUGGCUGUACCUGUUAUUAAGGGCAAGAAAAGCGAGCAUGAGAAGUUUGCUGGUGGACUUUACACCACUACUGUUGAGGCUUUUAUCCCGAACACGGGGCGUGGUAUUCAAGGUGCAACAUCACACUGUUUGGGCCAAAAUUUUGCUAAAAUGUUUGAGAUCAAUUUUGAAAAUGAUAAAGGAGAAAAGGCUAUGGUCUGGCAGAAUUCAUGGGCUUAUACUACCAGAACAAUAGGGGUAAUGAUAAUGGUUCACGGGGAUGAUAAAGGCUUGGUGCUGCCUCCUAAAAUAGCUUCUAUCCAAACCUUGAAUGAAUCUGGCAUUCGCGCCGAGGUGGAUUCUCGAGAUAACUACUCACCUGGAUGGAAGUAUUCAAAUUGGGAAAUGAAAGGUGUUCCUCUUAGGAUUGAAAUAGGCCCCAAGGACUUGGCUAAUAAUCAGGUGCGUGCUGUCCGACGUGAUAAUUCGGCCAAAAUCGAUAUUCCUAUGGCCAAUUUGGUUGAACAAGUGAACGACUUGCUCAAUGACAUCCAGAAAAGUCUCUUUGAAGUUGCAAAACAAAAAAGAGAUGCCUGCAUUCACACUGUAAAUACAUGGGAAGAAUUUGCAGAAGCACUGAUACAAAAGAAAAUGAUUCUGGCUCCGUGGUGCGAUGAGGAGGUAUGA